CUGUGCAGAGAGAGUGAGAGAGAACGAUAGAGGAAGUGUUAGUGCACUUCGGCUCACAGUCAAGAUCAGACUGAGUCACUAUGUCAGAUGUAACCCACUGCUGUGUGGCCCAAUAUGUGAUGCUACAUAUGUAGUUAAUGUUUGGAGAUCAUCAAGAACCAUGGCACAGAUUGUGAGCUUCAGUGUCGACAUUUCUCAAAUGGACUCUGACUAUGAGAACAUUUUGGAAGAUGAACUUGGUCAGGACUCAGCAACCAGCACCCAGAGGUGUCCUGAAGCCCUACAGAUGGAUGUCUUAAGGAAAUGCACAGACACUCGGUCAACCACAAGAAGCCACAUGAGAGAUGAGACAGUUGAAAGGUUGCAGAGUAACUCUCUGCAGAGGAACUGCUGGUCAGCUGCUACCCUAAAAGUCCUCUCCUCAAUGCCUAGUCGCACCGCUGGGCCAAACAGUGCUGCAGUUAUUUCCAGGCAUGACAGAAACUCAUCUCAGCUACACAGACGCCCAAAUUCCUUGAAAGUUUACACCCAACCCUCCAGAAUAAUCCAGGAUACCCAUGUGGAGGAAAUCAGUGCUGAAGAGAACAAAUUUGAGCAGUUGUUGUCCAACCUCAGAGGCCUCUCAGUGAGUGACCGCAUUCGCAAGCUGAGAGCCACGGCGCUCAGCCUGAAAGACAAGAUGGAAGUCAGGCGGCUUGCUUUCAGUGACGUAGCUGAAAGUUCACUCAUCAGCAGAAAUAUUCCGUGCUAUAGUCGUAUGAAGGUCUACAUUUCCAGGACUUGGCGUAGCUGCUGGUUCAGCUGCCUCUCCGUCCGUGCUUCCCUUCAGUUGUGGCAUUCACCCAUGAAGAAACUGAGCGGACGUUUUGGAACAGGAGUGCUCUCCUACUUCUUGUUUCUACGGACCCUCCUGCUCUUCAACCUCCUCCUCUUUGUCACCAACGGCCUGUUCCUGGUCUUCCCUCAAGCUGUCAACCCUCCCUCUCCUCCUCCUUAUGACUCUCAUGCCGACACUUUCACUGGUCUCGAUCUUCUAACAGGCACGGGUUACCUCUCUCAGAGUUUGAUGUUUUACGGCUACUACACCAAAACCUUCAUCCCCGACCCCGCUUGUGGAGCUGCUGACCAUGAAUCACCCGGCCUACCAGCCUGUGACCUCAAACAGCCCCAGAUAGCGCCAUACAGCAUCAGUACAGCCUACUUCUUGACUAUUCCCAUCGCCUUCUUCAUUAUCUGCAUCAUCCUGGUGUACAGCAUGUCCAAGUCCUUCGGGCGGAGUCUUCAAGUCCUCAAAUCUAAUGGGAAUCUAGCUGUGAAAGUCUUCUGCUGCUGGGACUUUAAAGUCAGCAAGAAGAUGUCUGUGAGGCUGCAGUCGGAGAAAAUCAGCACUCAGCUCAAAGAGCUGUUGUCUGAGAUGAUCAGGGGAGAAGAUAGAAAGAGCUGCAUGCAGCGAUUCUGCCACCUCACAGUGCAUCUGGUGGCGUGGAUGAUUUGUCUGUCCAGCAUCUCUCUGGGCACCGCGGCAGUCCAUUUCCUGUCAGAGAACGCCAUUAAGCAGAAAUCUUUCAAAGACACCGAGCUGCUGCUCCUGUCGGCGGUGGUGUCAGGCGUCAACCUGCUGCUCCCCAGCCUCUUCAACCUGUGUGCUUGGAUAGAGAGGCACGACUCUCCCAGUGUCCGAGUCUAUGUCUCCAUCUUCAGGAACCUGUUGUUGAAGGUCAGCAUUGUUGCCGUGUUGUGUUUCCGCUGGCUGGGCAGAAUUGCUGUGGAACCAGAAAAUCUACAUCUACAGUGUUGGGAGAGUUUUGUCGGGCAGGAGCUGUAUCGCUUACUCCUCAUGGACUUUGUCUUCACUGUGCUUUACACGUUUUUGGGAGAAUUCCUGUGGAGGCUAUUUUCAAAGCACGUCCUAAAAAAGAAUAGAAAGCCGGUGUUUGACAUUGCUCGUAAUGUCCUUGAGCUCAUAUAUGGACAAACUUUAACUUGGCUCGGGGUGCUGUUUGCUCCACUCCUUCCAGCGGUCCAGAUCAUCAAACUGUUCGUUCUCUUUUACAUGAAGAAGACGAGCCUACUUCUCAACUGUCAGUCCUCCAGGAAGCCCUGGAGGGCCAGUCAGAUGACAACACUGUUCAUCUCUCUUUUAUGUUUCCCUUCAUUUCUCGGAGCUGCCGUGUCUGUCACUUACGCAAUUUGGACGACUAAACCCUCGUCAGGGUGCGGCCCUUUCAGGAAUCUCACCACCAUGUAUCAGUCGGGGCAGCUGUGGGCUCGGGAGCUGGAGAACUCCCACCCCAUCCUGUCGUGGAUCAGCUCGGCCUACAACUCUCUGCUGGAGAACCCACUGGUGUUGUUCCUCGCCACCGGAGUAUUACUAAUGGUGAUAUACUUUCAAGCUCAAGUUGUUGACGGCCAAAAAAGUAUCAUCAGUCGGUUAGAAAAGCAAAUUGAAAAUGAGGGUAAGGACAAAAAGUUCCUCAUCACCAAAUUGCAAGGUCUUUAUGAACGGAGCAGUCUGGUUUCCCCUCAUAGUUAAGGUGAGUAAUCCCAGUGCAGGUUUUUCUUGUGGGUGAAACUUAUUUGCUUACUCAGUUUUUGACCUUGGCCCGUAUUCACCAACAUCCAGAGAAUACUCUCAGAGGGCUCUGUACCUAGCUUUUUUUUUUCUUUUUUUAAACUUGGAAUCCUAGCUAAGGAGUGAUGGACCCGGGCCACCCACUUGGAAGAUUAAUAGCCUCCGUACAUGGGGCGAGACCUAACCGCUAGGCCAUCUGCACGCUUAGGUACAGAAGCUUUAAUCUUAGGUAGCUGGUGUGGUUGACCCUGUUGCUAGGUAUGACACAUUCUUCCAAAAGCUGUGAUUGGUUGGUCAAAAAAUGGGAAGAAAACAUUUUGAUCUUAAUGAUAAUGAGUAUAGAAAUCUAGUCAGACAUUCUGUAAAAUAAAUACUCUUUAUGUAAUAAACAUCUGUGCUCCAUUAAUUGUAAGCUAUACUUCAAAAGUAUAGCUUACAGAUUGUUUGAGAAAG